CCAGAUUAAGUGAUAUGCACCCAAGUUCAACUGAAACCCUUCACGGCCUCACCACCACAAAAUGAAACCCUAAUUUCUGAUAGUUUCCCGUCUUCUAUUUCCACGCCUGAGAGAGAGAGAGAGAGAGAGAGAGAGAGAGAGAGAGAGAGAGAUGGUGUCGGGUUCAGGGAUCUGCGCGAAGAGAGUGGUGGUCGACGCCAGGCACCACAUGCUCGGCCGCCUCGCUUCCAUUCUGGCGAAAGAGCUAUUGAAUGGUCAGAAGGUUGUAGUGGUUCGCUGCGAGGAAAUCUGCCUUUCAGGCGGACUCGUACGCCAGAAGAUGAAGUAUUUGCGUUUUCUUCGCAAGCGUAUGAACACCAAGCCUUCUCAUGGUCCCAUUCACUUCCGCGCACCUUCCAAGAUUCUAUGGAGAACAAUUCGUGGGAUGAUCCCCCACAAGACCAAACGUGGAGAAGCUGCCCUCGCACGUUUGAAGGUUUACGAGGGUGUACCACCACCAUAUGACAAGAUGAAGAGGAUGGUUAUUCCUGAUGCCCUCAAGGUUUUGAGGCUUCAAGCUGGUCACAAGUACUGUUUGUUGGGCAGGCUUUCUUCUGAAGUUGGAUGGAACAACUAUGAUAUCAUCAGGGAAUUGGAGAAGAAGAGGAAAGACAGAGCCCAGGUAGUUUAUGAGAGGAAGAAACAGUUGACUAAAUUGAGAGUCAAAGCUGAAAAAGCUGCUGAAGAGAAGCUUGGUGCUCAACUUGAUAUUAUUGCUCCAAUCAAGUACUAACAUACAAGCAUAUUUUUUCAAAUUAAAGUUUUGUUGGUUAGUGAUGUUCUGUUUGAUUGAGUUGUUUAUGUUAUGUUUGAAGUCCAUUUGAUUUGUUGUGUUUUCUUGUGUCUGGCUGGCUGCCUUCUCUUUUUUCAAUCACAUUUGGACUAUUGUAUAACACUCUUUCUUGAAAUCAGUAAUGGAGUAUUGUUAAACGAUUGGAAAAUGUUUUAAGAGGUUUAAUUUUGACUUGAUGAGCUUUGUUUUGACCACGCUUUCUCAGCUUGUGUUUAGUUUUUGGUCAAACUGAAAUAAAUUUGAUAAAAAUGCUCAGCAAAAGAUAUGUAUGGUCUAGAUUAAUUGACGUUUUGCUGCAAUGUGUUGCGUGGAUUGGCAUUUUGAAAUGGCUAUGAAUA